UCAUGAGGAAUUUGAGGUGUGAAUGGGCUUUAACAUUUCUUUUGUUUCCAAGGGUGGGAGAGGUCUGAGGAAUGAAUUGGUCAUUGCAAUGUGUGACAAGCUUGGUAGGAACAUCCUGUGUUCAGUGUUUUGUCCAUCUGAGCACCUUGAAAACUCUUUGCAUGCAUUUUUCAUGAUGAAAAAAGGCUCUGGACAGAACUGGGAACUGGAAGAGUUAAAAAACGCAAACGCUUAUAAACACGAUUUGCUGCGUUUAGGCUUGAAAGAUAAAAUCGAUGUCUGCACGCAAGUUUGGUGC